UAUAUAUUGUAUAUACAAACACUUGGAGAGCCACACUCAUUCCACAACUCCAAACAUCCACCAUCGUUUUCAAGUGUCAAAGAUUUUGUUGACCCGAUUUAUAGAAGUCUUCUAUAUAUCUAGAAGAAAAUGGGCCUCCAUUUGCGUCGGGUGGUUCUCCAUAGCAAAGAAAUCAUUCGAGAAUGUUCUCUUCGUCUCACUAGACACCCAGCACUACUUCCAUCAACAACCGUCAAAGAUGUCCCCAGAGGCCAUUUUGCUGUAUACAUCGGAGAGAGCCAGAAGAAGCGGUUCGUGGUUCCAAUAUCUUACUUGGAGCAUCCGUUAUUCCAGGACCUACUCAUUCGGGCUGAAGAAGAAUUUGGAUUUGAUCAUCGGAUGGGCGGCCUUAUAAUUCCGUGCAACGAAGACGCCUUCCUUGAUCUCACUUCUCACUUGAGUGCUCCAUGAAUGGAGGUGCAAAAAAGGUAGCUUAUUUCUUCUCGCUGUUUUUGACAAGCGACUGCAU